AUGGGCGGAAAUGGAGGUAGUAAUGCAGCAUCAAACGCAGGAGCAGGUAGUGAAACGACACAGCAAAUUGUGAGGAUCCGAUCUGAAGAUGGCAACCCUCCCACUGGAUAUUCUGAGCGUCAAGUUUACGUUAAUGGUGAACCAGUUGUACAGCAAGGGCCAUAUAACGAUGUCAGCCAACCAGUAGUGGUCACUAAUCCGUAUUACGAAGAAACUCAACCUCCUUUGCAACAGACAUCCACCACGGGAGUGUUUAUUGAAUGUACAACUGUCAACAACGUUUAUCUGUUUCUCAACCAGUUGCUCAGCCAGCUGUUUCUCAACCAGUUGCUCAGCCAGCUGUUUCUCAACCAGUUCAACCCAUUGGUCCUCUAUAUCAAAAAGUUGUUUCUCCGCCAGUUGUGUAUCAACCAGUUGUUUCCCAACCAGAAAAACAAUAACAACCCUUAUUCGAAAGAACACCAAUCUCCUCCAAAGAGUCACCCAUCUCCUCCGAAAGGUCACCCAUUUCCUCCAAAAGAUUACCAAUUUCCCCCAAAAGCUCACCUAUCUCCACCAAAAGGUUAUCCAUCUCCUCCAAAAGGUCACCCAUCUCCUCUUAAAGGUUAUCCAUCUCCUCCAAAAGGUCACCCAUCUCCUCUAAAAGGUUAUCCAUCUCCUCCAAAAGGUCACCCAUCUCCUCUAAAAGGUUAUCCAUCUCCCCCAAAAGCUCACCUAUCUCCACCAAAAGGUUAUCCAUCUCCUUCAAAAGGUCACCCAUGGCCUCCGAAAGGUCACCCAUCAUCUCAAAAAGAUCACCCAUCACCUCCGAAAGGUCACCCAUCUCCUCCGAAAGAUUACCAAUGA